UACCCUAUAGUAUACAACGCCGCUAUAGAACGAACCACAGGCACACAGUGGCAGUGGCAGUGGCAGUGACAGAGAGACCAAACUGAAGAACAACCGCAUCAUAGAAGAAGCAUAGGUGCUGGAGGCGCGUGUUACGUGAGAGACGGACGCAUGAAGCAUAGAAGCUGCAGCAGCAGCAGCAACCGGCGCGCUAGUGAGAGUGUUAUGUGAGCGUGUGUUUGCGCCGGGUUUUGACACGGCAAGCAGAAAGGAAAAAGGAAGUGGGUGAGAGCGAGAGGCAGCCGUUCUUGCUGCUUCCCCUUCGGAACCAACCGCCCGUGGUGGCCUCAAGCAGUGGAAACCCCGUGUGUGCGCUUCCCGAUUCCGAAAUCGACAGAACAGGGAACACCGCAGCAGUCAGUCAGUCGCAAGUCGACAGGCUCGGUCAAAGUUUCGCAUUUGGCAGUGUGUUUUGAAACGCUGUGCAGGAAGGAAGUGUGUUUGCUACAGGCAAGACCGCGCGCGCGAGAGAACAAGGCAAAAAAGGAAGAAAGAAGGUUUAUCCACUUUGUGGUCAACAGUGUGAAGAGCCUCCGAUAAUCGAAACGGAGGGUGAGAAGAGAACUCUACUGUGAAAGUGAAAAUAGGCCUCGCGUUUACGUCGUCAUCGUCGCUGAAGUGAAGGCCGCGCGUUGUUACCUUUUUUCUACGAAAAAAAAAAUAUUGAAGGAAAGGAAAAAGGCCUUUUUGGUAGCUUCCGAGCUGUGACAGCAGCCCGAGAGACGGUGUGAAGAGAGAAAGUAGCGCACAGUUUGGCUGCCGAAAUUGUUGUUUAUAAGAAGGAAGUUGAUUAUAGAGUGAGUUUUUUUUUUGUUUUUCUUUUUCUGGACCGAAAUCCAGCAGGGAAAAAAUCGCGAACAGAACAUUGCAGAAUUUGUGAGCUGCCAAGGCGAAAAUUUAAAACUUAAAAAUAGAUCCGGUUUUUUACUUUCUCGUUCGUCACCCCGGGGCUGGGCCGGAAAAUUAUAUACAGUUUCGGUGCAGAACACGGGAAAAAACAAAUGCCAAAGUCCGACACCACAGUGAUAACGAUUUUUCACGUUUUUCGCUUACGAUUUUUCUUUGGCGUGUUGUGUUGUUGGUCGUCGUUGCCGUGUUAGCUCUCAGGGAUCUCCGUCGAAUCAGCGAUUUUUUCCACCGUUAUCCACAUCGCACGACGAAUUUGUUGGCUGCCCCAAAGUGACUGCCAACACGAGAGAGAGGAGAACAUUAGCAAGCGGAUUUUUUGUCGUUCCUCCGUACUGCGAAAGUUGCAGCGAGAAAAGUAAUGUUGUGAGAAUCCGAUGAAAUAAACAAAACUAGGCCAAGUGUACUUGAACUACGAAUGGGAAGUUUUUGAUCCGUGUGCCGUGUUUUUUCGUAAUUCCGGAACAGUGCGAAGCAGAGUGCAGUGUAGUGCAGCGCAGGAUGGCGAGAAAGGAGUUUUGUACAGUGUGACUGACAAUAAAUAAGAGAAGAACCAGAGUAGAGUCAUCACUAGAAACGAUUCCACUUUUUAUGACAUCCGAGAAUAGGACAUGAACAAGUGAAUUUCGGGUUGUUUAGUGACUUUUCGUUUCAUUUUUCGAACAUUAUCAACUAUAACUUUCCUCCUUCUUCCCGUGAGUGAGUGUUCCGCCCGUGAAACCGGGGGACCUCCAGAAAAGCUACGAAAAUUGAUACCUUAGCGUUACACCCAUACCAUCCGUUGCUCCUGAUGGCACCUCGACGGGGAACCGUGGGUCCAGGCACGACUGGCCUGGACCUGUUCGGGGCUCUCGGUGAUUCGGAUCAUGGUUUCGAGAGUUCCCAGUCGGCCGAUGGGUCUGGCAGUGAGGGAGCUCACAUGACCCGCUGUUGCGUUCCUACCGGGGACUGUCUGAAAAGCUCACCCGUGGACUACGGAGCAAUCAAUCUAGAAGAUCUCCGCGAUUGCGUUCGGGUGAUUUGUAACAAUGAAAACUGCUCGUUCGGUCAGUAUAUGCAUCGGGAGUGCUUCGAUCACUGGGAGGAAAGUGUGCUGAACUAUCUAAAGUCGAUAGGCCGGGCCCGGUCCUGGUCGGAAAAGCAGCGACAGCAGAAUCUGUGGACCAAGAAAGGGUACGAUUUGGUAUUCAAAGCUUGCACCUGCCGAUGCGGUCGCGGUCAUCUCCGCAAGGAUCUGGACUGGAUCCCACCCGCAUCGCUGUUCAGCUCGACUCGGUUGGACGAAGAUUCCAGCAAAAAGAAGAAGAAAAAGAAUCGCCAGAACCAGAAGCCCAGCCUAGCGAUCUCAACUAGCCCCGGCAGCCACUCGAGCAGUUCAUCCAACAGUCCCAAUUCGCACGGUCCCAACCAUCAGUCGCCCUCGCCGGCCGCACUGUUAAAUCCGCUAAAAUUGGUAGACCAUUUCGCUACCUCAUUGCUUCUGAAUACGGCCGGCGUCGGGGGUCCACUGCAGCAACAACAACAACAACAGCACCAGCAGCACCCGCAGCAGACAAUGGGACGCAACAGGACCAACAGUUUGUCCUCGUCCAGCAACGGCUCGAGCACACCGCCGGCCAGUUCGGUGGCGUCCACAACGUCCGGAGCCGGCAGCGACUGCCAGAGCAUUUCACCGGUCCACAGUGGACUCGGUGCCGGUGGUCCGUCGGUGGCUGCCACGGCUGCGGCCCUCGCCAAGAUGCCGCUGACGCCGAAAACGAAGGUGGAAAUCUACUCCGAGCGAGUCAG